AGUAUAACUUAACUUAACUCCCCACCAUUGCAAUGUACAGCGAAACUUGAUUAUUAAAAAUAAUCCAAAUCAUUCUGCUUUGAUCUUUGCAACUUUUUAAAGAUAAGUAAAUCUUUUUAAGGUAUAAUUGGACGAUUAUACAACCAAAAAUUUUAUUUGUUUCACUUCGUCUUUAAAAUAACACAAAAAAUAACGUAAGAAAAUGAAUAAUCUUCAAAGAUUUUGCUUAAAAACUCCGAAAUCGUUAUUUCAAGUAAAUAAAUGGAAAAAUGUAAGAUUUGAAUCAACAUCUAAUCAACAUCUUCCUAUAACUUUUUUAACCGAAGAAGAACAAGCAAUGAAAGACACCGUUGCAAAAUUUGCAAAAGAACAAAUUGCACCAUACGUACGUGAAAUGGAAGAAGCUGGAAAACUACGACCAUCACUCGUCGAGGCUUUAUUUAAUAACGGAUUAAUGGGAUUAGAAAUAUCUCCGGAAUAUGGCGGAUCCGGAGCUAAUUUUAUGUCAACGAUUCAAGUUAUCGAAGAAAUUUCAAAAGUCGAUCCUGGUGUAACAAUUUUAGUCGAAGUACAUAACACUUUAGUAACAGCGAUGCUUCAAUUAUAUGGAAGCAAAGAACAAAAAGAUAAAUAUUUAACAAAAUUAGCCACAAACAUGGUUUCUAGUUUCGCUUUAACGGAAUCCGGCUCCGGCUCGGACGCUUUCGCGUUAAAAACAACCGCGAAAAAGGAUGGAAAUGAUUAUGUUAUAAACGGCACGAAAAUGUGGAUUUCAUCAUCCGAUAUAGCUGAGUUCUUUAUUGUUUUUGCCAACGCUAAUCCGGCUUCGGGUUAUAAAGGAAUAACUUGUUUUAUCGUGGAUAGAAACACCCCCGGAUUUACAAUAAAUCGGCCAGAAAAAAAAUUGGGGCUCCGUUGUUCCGGAACUUGCACCUUAACCUUCGAUAACGUUCGUGUCCCCCAAACGAAUGUUUUAGGGGAAGUCGGGAAAGGUUACAAAUACGCAAUUUCAUUAUUAAAUCGGGGAAGAAUUGGAAUUGCCGCGCAACAAUUAGGGAUAGCUCAAGGUUGUUUUGAUGCAACGAUUCCUUAUUUAUUUGAACGGAAACAAUUUGGGCAAAAAAUUUUUGAUUUUCAGGGAUUAAAUUUUCAAGUGGCACAAAUGGCUACGGAAUUAGAGGCGGCACGACUAUUAACUUACAACGCUGCAAGAUUACAAGAAUUAGGAAAGCCGUUCGUGAAAGAAGCUUCGAUGGCGAAAUGGACCGCGGCUGCGAUGGCUCAAAAAAUGACGAUAAGUUGUAUCGAUUGGAUGGGAGGGUUAGGUUUUAGCCAAGAAUUCAUUCAAGAAAAGUUUUAUAGGGAUUGCAAAGUUGGGAGUAUUUACGAAGGGACUUAUAAUAUCCAAAUGAAUACGAUCGCAAAACAUAUCCGAACUGAGUAUCAAUAAAUAAAUCGCUACUAAUACGUUUAUUAAUA